AUGAACAUAAAGUAUUUCACAUUCCUUGUUGCUUCCGUACUUUGUGAAUCUAACUUUACCGAGUCGACAGUUAAAAGUGAUACCACCCCUCUCGUUGAUCUUUCAAAAGUUGCUCGUGAUCAGGGUGCAAUUGUUGUAGCUGCUUUUCCUGCGAUUUCCACAAUAAAAUCAAAAGGAAAAAAGAAAUUUGGAUUAGGAGCAUUUGAAAGAGGUAAUGCGAACACUGGAACUACAUUCUCGAGAAGAGGUGGAUCUUCAACUGGAAAUCCGUAUUCAUCAGGUUACCAAGGAAUUCCUGAAUCUCAGAGUUCUCUCCCUGGAGAAAGAAUGGGAGGAAUGACCAGAAGUGGAAAAAGAACAUUUGGAAGUUACGGAAGUGUCGAUACGGCAAAAGGACAAUCAUCCGCCAAUCGAGCAGGCACAGGAUCAGGAUGGCGCGGAUCAUCAAGAAAUAGUGAUGGAGAGAAUGAUGAUUGGAACAAUAACAAUAACUUUAAUUCAAAUUCUAAUAAAAAUAACAGAAUGACCAAGUUUGGAAAUAGGAAUGGAGAUGGGGAUGAUUAUGAAAUUGGAAAUGGUAAUAACCAGGAUAACUGGAAUUCUGGAUCAUCUUCAAACGGAAAUGGAUACAGUGGAUCAAAUGGAUCAGGAGGAGGUGGAUGGAAUAACGGCGAUAAUGAUGACAGCUGGAAUAGCUACAGUAACAAUGGAAACAGAAACAGCAAGAACAACAACAAUAACAAUUACGGAAAUUCAUGGGGAACCAAUGACAAUGAUGAUGGGAACUCAUGGAAAGGAUCAGGAGGAGGAAAUGGAAAUAGUGAAAAUUGGGGAAAUCAAGGAGGUCAAGGAGGAGGAGGAAAUGGAGAUUCGAAUUAUGGAAAUGAGAGAUCAUGGAAACCAAGUGAGAACAGUUAUGGAAGAAAUCGAGGAAGUAAUGGAGGAGGAGACGAAUGGGGAAGUGGAAGCAAUAAUGGAGAUAAUCUGAGUAAUAAUUGGAAUGGAGGAUCAAAUGGUGGAAAUACUGAUAACGACAAUUGGGGCAGUAACGGAGAAGGAAACAGCGAAAAUUCUGGAGGAUCUUGGAAUAAUAAUGGAGGAGGAAGUGAUAAUUGGGGAAAUGGACAAGAUAAUGAUAAUGGAGGAUCAGAAGGAGGAUACGGUAGCAAUAAAUGGAAUGGAAAUGGAAAUCAAGACAAUGAUAAUUUUGGAGGAUACAAAAAAAAUAGUGGAUACGGAAGUAACAGCAAUAGCAAUAACAAUGGUAACAAUGAUGGAUGGGCAUCUUCAAAUAAUGGUGGAAACUAUGGAAACAACAAUUGGAACAAUAAUAAUGGAGGAUGGGGAAGUAGCAAUGGAAACAAUAAUAACAAUGGAAAUGAUGGAAAUGGAAAUUGGGAAUCAAAUAAUAAUGGAAAUGGUGGUGAUAACUGGAAUGGAAAUGAUGGAAACUAUGGAAAUAAUGGAAAUAACAAUAGAAAUAAUAAUGGAAAUGGAGAUGAAGAUUAUGGAGAUUGGUACAGUAUGAGAAUGAAGGAUCCUAUUCCCAAUGAUGCAUCUGCUGCUGAAACAGUUACUUCCCGAGACCCAGAAGUUGAGAAGAAAAUUGCCGAGCUGACCAAUAUGGAUACUUAUAAAAAAUUGUGA